GACAGCCAGAGCAAAGCCAACGGGAUCGAUCCGACAACAUCACCCACGAUCGACACAUUACCGCCACCCACCACUCACCACCCACCACACCCCACAACCAACAAACCACACACGAUGGGUUUCAUGGGAGGUUUCGGAUUCUCCCGAUCCCAGGCCGAACAGGACGCCUGGGAGGUCAAGGCGUACCAGGACACCCUAGCUGCCCGGGUAGCCGACCACCACAAUGCCAUGGGCGACGAGAACUUUGAGGUUGGCGAAGAGAAGAACGCUGGGGGUUACAAGCAAAACUACCGGGCUUUCGUCCUCGCCUUUGCCGCAUACAUGGGUAUCAUCCUCUUCGGUUACGAUACCGGUCUUGGAGGUGGAGUCAUCGCCCAGCCCGCUUUCAUCCGUGAUAUGGGAAUCACCGCGACGGGGAAACCGUUGGCCGACAUCAAGGGAAACAUCGUCUCGAUCUUGCAAGGAGGAUCCUUCUUCGGUGCCCUCGGUGCUGCCCCGCUCAGUAACGCCAUCGGUCGAAAGCGAUCCCUCAUGAUCGGAUGUGCCAUCUUUGCCGUCGGAGGUUUCUUGCAGACGUUCGGUCGUUCGUUGAACUUUCAAUACGCUGGUCGUUUCUUGGCCGGUUUCGGUGUCGGUAUCGAGUCGUCCGUCUGUCCUACCUACGUCGCCGAGUUGGCUCCCGCUGCCAUCCGAGGUAACAUUACCGGUCUGUUCCAAGUCUGCGUCGUCACCGGAGUCGCCCUCUCGUACUGGAUCAACUACGCCUGUUCCUUCUUGGGUCCCAAUGACUCGAACGCUUGGAGGAUCCCCGUCGCCAUGCAACUCGUCUUUGUCGGUAUCAUGUCCAUCAUCAUCCCGUUCAUCAAGGAAUCCCCUCGAUGGCUCGCGAGCAAGGGCAGGAACUCUGAAGCUUGCAAGAACUUGGCCUGGGUCCGAUUGAGGCCCGAGGACGAUUACCGAGUCCAAGCCGAACUCGCCGAGAUCAUCGCCGCCGUCGAGGCCGACAAGGAAGCCAUGGCGGGCGUCUCCUGGACCAAGGAGAUCACCGCCAAGGGUAAACCCAAGAGGUUCUUCAUCGCCAUCAUGAUGUUCGUCUGUCAACAAUGGUCCGGACAGAACUCGAUCAACUAUUACGCCCCGGAGAUCUUCGAGUCGAUCGGUAUCAAGGGGACCAAGGCCUCACUCUUGGCCUCGGGUGUUUACGGACUCGUCAAGAUCGUCGCGACCGCCUUGUUCAUGGCGUUCGGUGUCGAGCGUGCCGGAAGGAAGAAGUACUUUGUCUUUGGUGCCCUGGGUAUGGGAACCUUCCUGAUGAUGAUCGGUGCCGUCUUCAACACCCACCCCCCUGACAGGAACGCUGAGUCGCCUUCGGGAGCUUCCAUCGGGAUGGCCGUCCUCAUCUACCUCUUCGUCAUCCCUUACUGCUUCUCCUGGGGAGGUCUCGUCUGGGUCUACAUCUCCGAGCUUUUCGACACCAGGUCGAGGGCUUACGGUAUCGCUUUCGCCAACGCCUCUCAAUGGUUGAACAACUUUGCUAUCACCAAGACUACCCCGCUCCUCGUCAUCGCCUUUAACAAGGGUGGGAUCUUCUUCUUCUUUGGAGCUUUGAACUUCUGCAACUUGAUCUUCUCCCUCUGGAUCCCCGAGACCAUCAAGCUCUCGCUCGAGCAAGUCGACAUCGUCUUCGGCUCGGUCAGCAAGGAAGACCGUAUGCGAGCCGUCACCGAGCGAUUCAACGCCGGUGCGGCCGGUAUGGCCUAUAACGAGAAGAACAAGUCGGUGGACGACGACGAGAAGUACACGACCGACAUUGUUCACGACGAGGAUGCCUCGAGGAGUCAUCCCAGGUAAAGCAAGGGCGAUGCAUAGUCGAAGGUCUGCUUGUAUGGUAUCUUUUUUUGUCUUAACGAAAGGAAGGCUGGGGAAUCCGAAAUGGAGUGAUGUAAUGGUCGCACGGCAGCAGGUCGAUAAUCCUUUGUACACAGGUAGCGCGAUGUUCAUAUUCCCACUUGAUUGCGCAGA